UCAAUUUUUAUAUUUUUACCUGUGAAGGAAAGAUUAUAAACAUUGACAUAGAUCGUCAUGGUUGGUACUUUAUCUCUUGCGAAGUAUGUCGUAGAAAGGUAAACUCAAAAGAUGAAUUUUUAUGGUGCGACAAUUGCAACAAAAAGGCAUGCUUCCCAAUCCCAAGGUAUAGAAUUCAAUUAAAGGUUAAAGAUAGCUCAGAAAUGGCCACAUUCAUUUUAUUUGAUUCAGAAGCAGAAAAAUUACUCAACAUAUCAGCCAAAGACCUUUUGAAUAAAUCUUUAGAGGAGCCCGAUGAAGUCAUCCUUCCUGUGCAAAUAGAAAAUCUUAAAGGAAAACAAUUUGUUUUCCAAAUACAACUAAAUAACUAUAAUCUCAACUAUGGAUGGGAAUUCUUCACUAUCAAGAAACUUUUUGACUCUUUUGAAGAAACUGACAAAGCAAUUCAGCUUGAUAAAAUGACAGAAGUUUACAUCAGUGAUACUUCAAAUGAAGAACAUGGUGAUUGUACAACAUUUCAAAAACUUGAUGUUCAAACCAAGGUGCAGCUCACACCAACAUCUGUACUCAAGGAAAACAAAAGGGCAUAUUCAGGGACUACUACAAAGCAACAAAGGAAGAAGAUACAAAAAACACUUUAAAGUUGUCUUUCUAUCUCUAAGAUUUUCUAUGCACAAUUUGGUUUUAAUGAAUUUGUGAUUUUGAUACUAAAGACGUAUUGGAAAGGAAAUUUUGUUGCUUUUAUGCACAAUUUGGUUUUAAAUUGAAACA